GUUGCUUCGGCCCUCGGCCAGUGGGGCAUACUGUACUGCUGAUGGAAACUGUCGGCUCCAGCACGGGGACCCGCUGCUGACGCAUAGGGCUUGACACAGCGCUGGGAGGUGCCAUGGUGCAGAGAAGGAGCCGGGCAACAUUGCUUUAUAUUGCCAUGGUUGUCCUGGCCCUGUCUUCAACGACCUCGUUUGUACCGCCCCGUGCUUUGCCACUAGCAAUUGGUGUGGGAGAGGCAAUAUCUGCAGCAGCUCCAGCUCAUGCAGAAAUCAAUCCAGAGGCCUACUAUGCUGCAGCUGGCAUCGACCCGAAUGAAAUGCGGGACCAAAUGAUCGACCAGAUGGAUCCAUUAGAUGCAGCCCUACUGGGCGCCAAUGACUUUUGGUGGGGCUACGCGGUGCCAUUCUCUGCAGGAUUGGGCUUGGUCUAUGGAAUUGGCAUUUUAACAGGCCAGGUCGAAGGGCCUUUUCCAAAGAAGGAAGAUGCUGAGGCCGACAAAGAUUCGAAGUAGUGAAAUCGCCUCAAAUUAAAGAAUCGCUGAGAAAAAGACAGCUGGAUUG